AUGCGCGUCCUGGAUACAUGGACUGGACAAUUUGUGGAGGUGGAUCCGGAGAGGACGGAAUUCGCCAUUCUGUCACACACUUGGAGGGAGAGGGAGCAGACUCAUUAUCCCAUCUGGGGUGAUACGAAGCUCUCGCGGAAGAUCCGAGAGGCCUGCAAAGUGGCACGCGAGGCUGGGCAUCGAUACCUGUGGAUUGACUCUUGCUGUAUCGACAAGACGAGCAGCUCCGAGUUGUCCGAAUCGAUCAACUCGAUGUAUCAGUGGUACGGCCGUGCGAAGGUGUGCUUCGCCCACCUUGCCGACGUCCCUGCCGGCGAGGACCCCCGUGCUGGUCAAUCCGCUUUUCGCCGGAGCCGCUGGUUCACGCGUGGAUGGACGCUCCAGGAGCUCAUCGCGCCUUCCGCGGUGAAGUUCCUCUCCCAGGAUUGGAUAGCCAUUGGAACGAAGGCCACACUGGGGUAUGUCAUUAAGGAGAUCACAGGUAUCCCCAUCGCGCUUCUGCUGCGUGUCAAGUCCCUCGGCGACUUCAGCGUGGCUCAACGGCUAUCGUGGGCAGGGCAGCGGGAGACCUCGCGGAAGGAGGACAAAGCGUAUUCCCUCUUAGGAAUCUUCAGCAUCAACAUGCCUACGCUCUACGGCGAGGGAGACCGCGCCUUCCGCCGGCUGCUAGAGGAGAUUGUGCGGCGCAUCCCGUACCAGAGCGUCUUUGCAUGG